AUGCCAGACAUGACCCAGAUUGCUUGCCGCAUUGGAUGGCUGGUAAUAGGCAUCACCAUCCUCCGAGCCCUAAACUUGCUCUACAUCCACCUUCGUCCUUCAAGGUUCCACCGCUUCGCCCAUGUUUCGCCCAAGGGUGACCAGCCUUGGGCCCUGGUGACGGGCGCCUCUGACGGUAUUGGCAAGGCGUUCGCGCAGGAACUCGCAGCCCGCGGUCUCAACCUUGUCCUGCACGGACGGAAUCACGCCAAGCUGACCCUCGUCAUGUCUCAGCUGCAGAGAGCGUACCCAAAGAGAUCCUUUCGCCUGCUGGUUGCCGACGCCGGCAUGGUGUCCUGCCUGAGCUGCACUCGCCCCGCCGGCGACAACGGCGACAAGGCUCGCUCCGGGGACAAAGGCCCCUCAGACGCUGCAGCAUCAGCCGUCGCAACCGUCGAGUUCUCCUCGAUAAGGGAGGCCGUGGCCGACUUGCACCUCACCAUCCUGGUGAACAACGUCGGCGGCGCCCCGAGCCCGGCUUUCCUCCCCGUGAGCCAGUCAUCUCAGUCCGGCACCACGGGCAACAUCAGCCUCAACGCCUUGUUUCCAUUUCACCUGACGCGGGAGCUGCUGCCCCUGCUGGCCCAGAACGCCCCGGCUCUCGUGCUGAACGUGGGCUCGCUGGCCGAUGCUGGACUCCCCUUUCUGGCGACCUACGGCGCCAGCAAGCAGUUCCUCAUGACCUGGACGCGGGCGCUGGGACUAGAGCUGGCGUUCGAGGGCAAGGCCGAGCCGGUCGAGAUGCUGGGCCUACGCGUCGGUAGGGUGACGGGGGCUUCUGGCCACAAGGAAAAGCCGUCCUGGCUGGUGCCGGACACUCGCACAAUGGCCCGCGCGGCGCUGGAUCGGGCUGGCUACGGCUCCGGCAUCGUCGUUGGGCACUGGGCCCAUGCGCUGCAGGAUGUUGGCUUUCACUUGCUGCCGAAAUGGGUGGGGGACAAGAUUAUUAUUUCCUUGAUGAGGCGGGAGCUGGCGACCGCGCAGACGAAACAAUCGACCUCGAAGCAAGAUUAA